ACGGUGCGCGCGGCGCUCGGGGGCCCGCCAUCGAAGUCAUUGAAAUUCGAAGAUAUCACGCUGCCAAAAUGUGGUGCUGGAUGUAUUGUCUCCUGAGCUGCAUCGCUUCCAUAUUGGGGUGGCUUUUGUUAAUCACCGUCGUGGCCAAUGUAGCUUUUGGACCUGCUCGUAUCCAAGCAUUCAGGGAUAUGAUCUUUGCCAUGAUGAUGAACUCCUCGAUAAAGGACGCUCAGAAGGUGCUCUUUGAAAGUACCAAGAAGGAGCUCUUCUCCAGCUUGAAAGAAGUGAAAUCGGCGGAUCCGGAGAUGCAAAAGAAGAAUGCGUUGAAUAUUCUAGAGGUGGGUGUCGGCACGGGCACCAACCUCGAGUACUACCCGGCCGGCUCGCGGCUGCUCAGCGUCGACCCGAACGCAGCGUUCGAAGCCUACUUCCGGCGCGAGUGUGAGCAGAAGGCGGCGCACCUGGACCCGGACAUCCGGUUUGUGGCGGAGCGCGGCGAGUCGAUGCCGUCGGUGGCCGACAGCUCGGUGGACGUAGUCGUCGUCACGGUCGUGCUCUGCAGCGUCGCGCACGUGGACCAGAUGCUGCGGGAGAUUCUCCGCGUCCUCGUGCCGGGUGGCAGGUUCUAUUUCCUUGAGCACAUUGGAGACGAGCCGGGAACGUGGCGGCGUCGCUUUCAGAACGCGGUCUCCGACAGUGGUCUGUGGCCCAUGUUGUACGGCGGCUGCAUGGCCAACUGCGACCUGGAGGCGGAGCUGCUGGCAGGCGGCUUCAGCACUAUGGAGCACCACUCUGUGUUUCUGGUCGAGAACAAGAUGAAGCCGCGUUCCAAGCCUCAACCGGGCAUCGACCCCAUCAACCCGAUCCUGUAUGGGGUGGCCACCAAGUAACACGUGUGCUGCCGACCCAGGCCUGGCUGCCGCGCCUGACAGUCCAGAGCGCUGGCGCGAGGGAGUACGCCCGCGCACUGGGUGCAACUAAUGGCACUCUAUGACUGAGUGGAUUUCAUGCCCGGGCUUUCUACAGCUGUGAUUAGCAUUGAUGCAGGCUACCUAUUGUAAUGAGUAGGUUGUAGAGCAAUUAAAGUAGUGGUGAUGGUGUCUAAGGGGAGCGGUUUAUAAUAUGUUUAAGAGGAAUUCAUUUAGUUCAGUGUGUAGCUACUGGUGUGGCUACUGGGGCAACGAACGAGCCGUACUUAGGUGCUGAGCCUUCUUCCACUCUUAGGGGUGAUAAUGAAGUUAGCCUCUUUUUUAGGUAAUGAGUUAACCGUCGUAUCUGAUAUUGAACACAGCUGACGUGAUUUUGUGCAUUUACACACCAGGAGGAAACAUUCUUAUGCCCAAGGUAUAGACGCAAGAUUUAUAGAUUUUUCCCCACGACUCAACCACUCACACAAAAAUCACACUCCCACAUAUUUUAUGAACUCACACUUCCACAUAUUUUUGGGAAACAAAGCGAAUAGUCAUGAAAUUUCAAUGAAUACGUAAAACAACGUCAAACAACGCCACAGGACGCUCCUGUCUGCGAGCGUUUCAAAAGUCGCUCGCGCCUGAAUGCCAUCGCUGUGUGUCAUGUGCCUACUGCGGCGAGUGCGCUAUGGCUGAAGUACGUGAACUGUGUGUUUUAUAAUUAAUUUCCGCAUUGCUUGUAGUGGACAUUUUUGUGCUUAUCAUCCAAUCAGCCAGUGAAUGCCAGUCUGAUCUUCGUUUGUCCGCGAAUGACAGAAAAACCACGGGCCUAGAGAGAUAGGCAGGUGGUAUACGUACACCUAGCCGUUAUGCCGAGUGAAACGGUAUGGACAGGCCAACUCGCUUCAUGUCAAUAAAUUUUAUCGAGCGGGAAACCCCGCUGCCUAAUCCGA